GAACUAAACAAGCCAUUUUCACAUGCGUAAUGCUCCACGGGAGUACAUAGCAUAGCAACGAUAAUUUGUUGGAGUAACUGCGAUAUAAAAAGACAGCGGAGUUUAUGUUUUUUUGCUUUUCUCGUUUAAAUCCAGACUGACCCUUAAUUCACAGUGUACCACGCGCUUUACCCAGUCUCCGAAUAGCAUGUCUGCGAAGCAAAGGGAGGAAACCGACUCGGAGGGGAGAUGGUUUGGGGAGGAUUUUGAGAAGAUGGAACGCGUUGGGACUACCGCGCACCGAUUCGACGAGAAUGAAGAUAGACAACAGUCAAAUCGCUGGGAGGACGAGACCUACGAGAAACAAUUUUACCAUCAACCUGAGAGCAAUCAGAAACAGCCUCCCGUUACCAUGGAAACUGCAUCUACAGAUGGCUCAGAUCUGCUGAGGAAAUCUGCCGGUGAGGGAGACCUGUACACUUCUCUUCUGUCCAACCAAAACUACUCCUUCCGGCAGGGCAUCUCCACAGACAGCAAGAGCAAGGCUCAAGACUGGAUGCCCAGCCUGGAGACACACAGCAUGUUCAGCUCUGACUCCGGCAUCGAGAUGACCCCAGGGGAGUCCAUGGACUUCACCAAGAACCUUCUGGAAUCGGAUAAGACGGAGGCCUACAACUACAUGGACAUCAGCCACGGGGAGAAACCCCAGUCAGUGGAGCAGCAGCAGGUCGGAGGGGCCCUGGGGAGCUGGGGUGAGGUGACGGGGCCCGCGCUCGGUCAGUACAUGGAGAAGAGCGCCAGCUCGGCGGUGGAGACCCUCGGCCCGGCCCUGGACUCGCAGACCUGCCCCUACGUGGAGGACCCCUCCGACGAGGAGCCGUCUGACCGCCAGCCCAGACCCAGGCAGGCCCCGGGCCCGGCCGCCAGCCCCAUCACCAUCACGCUGACGGAGACGGACUGCCCCGCCCCGCUCUGCCUGCCGCAGGUCACCGUGUCAGACAGGGACAGCAUCCUCAGCCUGGGCCUGCAGGGGAUCCCCACUGUCACCCUCUCUGAGCCAGAGGACGACAGCCCCGGGUCCUCCACCCCACCAUUCACAGAGGAGUCUGACUCCCCGUCUGAACCCCUGUUCCAGGCCAGCGGUGUGGGCGCUGUGAGUUCAGUCCAGGAUCAGGCUUCAGUCACUUCCCAAAAACAGCCCGGCCCUCCCACAGAGGUGGGGGCUAAGCCCCUCAAGACCGAGUCGCACGCCCCGGUGGUCCGCGACCUAGACGGCAGCAGCGCGGAGUCGGGCGACUCCGAGAUCGAGCUGGUGUCCGAAGAGCCGCCCCCCCGCAAACAGCCGUCCGCCCCCGCGCCCCCCACGCCCCCCGCACCCCCGGUCAUCCAGUACAGCAUCCUGCGUGAGGAGCGGGAGGCCGAGCUCGACAGCGAGCUCGUCACCGAUUCCUUUGACGCCUCCUCUGCCUCCGAAGAGAGUCCCAAGAGGGCCCAGAGUUACCCCGCCCAGAAGGGCCAGAGGGCUGCUUCCCGGCUGGCCGACGUCCCCCCCGUCCCGGCCUCCCACGCUCCCCUCUCGCCCCCGGCCGUGGCCACCCCAGCCUCACCCCCUGGCCUGAAGGAGACGGCACCCGUCGAAAAGGCUCCGGUCUCCGGUCACGUGGGGGACGGCCCUGCAGCCAAACCCAAGCCCCCGCCUGCUGCCGUGGAGCCCCCGGAGGUCCGGAGGGAGCAGACUCUGGAGGAUAAGGCCGGGAAGAAGAGGCGAGCCAGCCAGGGGAGAAGGGACUCAGAGAAACGGGUCGCCACUGCCGUCUUCUUGCAGGGCCUGGACAGACAGAAAGCUAUGGACCUGCUGUACUGGCGUGACCUGAAGCAGACAGGGCCGGUGUUCGGCAGCCUGAUGCUGCUGCUCUUCUCCCUGACUCAGUUCAGCGUGGUCAGCGUCAUCGCCUACCUCGCCCUCGCCGCUCUCUCCGCCACCAUCAGCUUCAGGGUCUACAAGUCCGUCCUGCAGGCCGUGCAGAAGACCGACGAGGGACACCCCUUCAAGUCGUAUUUGGAUGUGGAGGUGUGCCUGUCCCAGGACCAGAUGCAGACAUAUGCUGAGAAGGCCCAGCACUACAUCAACAGCAGCCUGAAGGAGCUUCGCAGGCUCUUCCUGGUGCAGGACCUGGUGGACUCUCUAAAGUUUGCAGUUCUGAUGUGGUUGCUGACCUAUGUGGGUGCACUCUUCAAUGGCCUGACCUUGCUCAUCCUGGCUGUGGUGUCCAUGUUCUCAGUACCUGUGGUCUAUGAGAAAUACCAGACGCAGAUUGACCAGUAUCUGGGCCUGGUAAGGACCCACGUCGGCUCUAUUGUGGCAAAGAUCCAGGAGAAGAUUCCGGGUGCCAAGCGGAAGGAGGAGUAGGGGGGGGCCCCCCGGGGCCCAGCAGACAGGCUAUGAGCCCCAUGCAGGGAGAGCUGGAUGAUGGCUGGUGGUCCCCACACGUUACCGGAGAGUAAUGGCGCAUUUAUCAGCACAAAAAAAGGCGUCACAAAAAAAAUAAAAAAUGCCACACAGCACCGGAGAAGCCCCCCCCGCCCCGUCUCGUUCCUGUCCCUAUAACCGUAGAAUAAAUCUCACUGAAUUCACUUUGUCUCAAACACUACAGUCUAGUGAAGGAAGUAUAAAGUAAAAAAAAAGAAAAAAGAAAAAAAAGAACUUAGAUGUGUUUUUUUGUGUCGCUUAUCAAGUGCAUGGAGUCAAGAGUCUUGAGUAAGAAAUACUAUUUGGUAUCUUUCUGAGUGUAGUUUUUUUUUCCUCUUUCUGCUACCGUUCUCAGCAACGCGGAAGACUUUACUGUAAUGUGUGGUGAAUUCUCCAGCUUCUAGUGAUCUGCAGUGAUAGUCUAGAACUGCUUCUAGUCACUGGGCUACGAGUGGGGCUUCUCUCUUCCCAGUAUAACUGUAAACAUAUACAUAUACUCUGUAUAUAUAUGAAUAUCGACUAGAAUCGUGGACUAAUGUUUCUUUUUGUGUGUACUCCAGCACAAAAUAAUUUAACAAUGUACUGACUAGGUAUGCUAACAGCAGCAAUUUGGUUUUGUAUAACUAUAAGGUUCAACACAAACUCUUGUUUUUAGGUACUGUUAUCAACUACUAAAGAGCCGUUGGGGAAAUCUCUUGUGAGUGAGUGUCAGCCAGUUAAACCUGUGCUAUGUUCAGUGUAGUUCUUCUUAGUCCUGGACUUGACCAUUUGCACUGACUGUGUACUUAUCAAUGAAUGCGAAAAUAAAUGUUUCCAAAUGUA